AUGGCCAUCCCUGCGGAGGAAAUUCAGCGCCGACUUCGGACGCAUGCCUUUCCUGGUGUUAUUGAAAUAUACGCCCGCACAGUCGUGUGGAAGCACAACGAACUUAAGAGGGCUCUCGCGACUGCCGAAGAAGAGAAGAGUGUGUUGAAGGAGUUGCUGAGCAGCGUCGCCAGCGGCGAAAAGAAUCGCGAGCAGACCAUCGUUGCGCAGAGUGAAGAGAUAGCGCGGCUUCAUAAGGCAGUCGAGAAAACGACAGAGGAGAAGCUGUUUCUGCAAAGGGAGUUGAAAGGCCUCCAAGAACGCUUUGUAUCAGCUCAAGAAGAAAAUGCCAAAAUGGAGGAAGAGUACGCUGCGUUGCAAACGUUCGUUGACAGCCGUCUGAAGCCGCUGAUCUCGGGGCUGAAGCGCACAAACGGCGAGAAGGACCUCGACCUGCGAGCCAAAGCGGAUCUGAUUCGGCAGCUGCGGGAGGAGGCGGGCUUGUGUCGGGGGGAUGGUGAAGGAUCGCUGGCAGUGCUGAGGGCUGUAGAAGCAAGGCUUGCUGACACGGAGGAAGAGUACGCUGCGUUGCAAACGUUCGUUGACAGCCGUCUGAAGCCGCUGAUCUCGCGGCUGAAGCGCACAAACGGCGAGAAGGACCUCGACCUGCGGGCCAACGCGGAGCUAAUCCGGCAACUGCAGAUGAAGUUGGAGGGUUUGAGCGGGGCUAAUUCCGCACUGCAGGAAGAUGUAGCUGUUCCCAGGAAGCGAGUAGAGGUCUUGCAGUAUGAUGGACAAAGUAUUCGGGGUAAUGGCCGUUCACAAAGAGACCGAAGCGCUGUGCUGUCUGCGGAGAGAGUCGAGACGGAGGAGUAUAGGGAACGUCAUUCUUACGCGUUGCGUGGACCCGCGGUGGUUUCUUUUGAUGAUUGCCCAGUUGCGAGGAAUGCCGUGUCUGCGGGUGAUGCGGAGCUGGCGAAGUGCACUUCCACACUGCAGGUGGGGGCUGAGAGCAGCGACGCCGAACGAGACGUGUUGUUGGCCAGAGUGGAGGCGCUGAAUACGGAGGUAGAAAGAGCUUGGGGGGAGAGGGACACUGCCCUCCGUGCCUUGAGGGCGCUGGAAGAAGAAUGCGGUGCGUUGCGAGAGCAGCUGCGCCGCUCGCCAAAGUCUGCAGUGGUGGAGGAGCAGCAGCGGGCCCUCCGCGCCUUGUGCGACGAUGAGGCGCGUCGCCGGCGGAUGGCGGAGGAGGAUCUGCGGCGCUGCGUGCAGGAGCUGGAGCGCCAACGCCGGAAGGUGGACGAGACGACCCAGCUUCUGCUGGGCGACGGCUCUUCGCUCGCCGCGCAGAAUCUCGCGCUCUCUGUGCGCCUUAGCGACAUUGAGACUGUGGCGGAGGAACUGCGCGUUCGCUUGAACGACGCGCUGCGGCGUCUGAACGAGGCGGGGGAGGACGGCGAGAAGAUGCGGGAGUACAUUCUCGGACUGCGCGCAUACCGACCACCUCAGCUGGAGGCGUUGCUGUCGCGAUUGGAAGAGUCCGGGGCGUCGCACGGCUCAGGCGGAAUUGAGCGCCUGCGGCGGGUGAUGGACCAUCGAGGCGCGCGCGAGAUGGCGGACUCCACCGGACCCCAGGUUCUUUUCAGCAACGACGGCGAUGAUCGCAGAGCUCUCUCGGGGGGGAGCGUCCGCGGCUGCUUGAAUCGGCAGGAUUGCACGCCUCCCUGA